AUGGAAUCGGAUCCUAAUCCUUCAGGUAGUAUCUGGCGUUCAUAUGACACUGAUAUAAAGACGUCUUCUACCGGCUUUGGACAUAUCUUUACGGACCAGCCGGUGCCAGAAAUACACCACAUAGGAAUGUGGGAACCACAAGAAACCCAGGAAAAGAACAGGUUCAUUGAUGAUGCUGAUUGGUUCCAGCCUCCCAGAGAAUCCAGCAUCUUAGUACAAUCCUACGGCAAAUUUUCACCUCCUUGCUAUCAUCAGGAGGAUCAAGAUUGGAGCUUUGAUACACAAUAUCCACUUGAUGUUGGAGAGCAACAGGGAGAAGAGGAAAUACAGGAUGAGAUGGUGGGUAUACGCACAGCAGCAGGGACGGGAACCCCUACGAGUUUACUAUCAGAUAAUAAAACACAACCAAACACCCCAGAGAGCAUAACGGCACCGCCAAAUUCACCCGAAUACGUCUCUACUAUCCCAACCCCAGCCGUUACCCCCUUUAAGUCCGGUACUCCCAGUUUCACAGCCGCAGCUCACCAAGCUGUUGUUGAUCUCUUCCCAGAGAUUGUGGACACCUGUAUCUUCAGAGUAAAACCAACACUCCCGGAAUCAGAAACUCAGAAUAUAUCAUCUAUCAUUCAGGCUUAUCCUACAGAGGAAAGCCAUGAAACCUACCACUCGUUACCCUUUUCUAACCCACGGGCCUCGAAACGAAAACGAAAUAGUGAUAUGUGCUCCAGAUUUAAUCAAACACCGUCCUCAAUUCCAUUCGUCCCCAUUGAAUCACCGGACAUCGAGGAUCCUCAAAGGAGAGAUAAGCUAUCGAUAUCACCACAUCCCACAGCUACGCAGCCCUCUUUUGCCGCCACCUACACUGUGGAUGCAUAUGAGCCACUCAAAAGCGGUCAUCUAUCACAACUAUCUUCCGAUCUAGUCAAUUUAGAUUUGAAAAAUUCAGAAUUCUCGCACGUAUUCGGAAUCCCGGAAGAAACCCCAAGCCCUAACAUUACAAUCUCCCCUCGUCACCUCUCUAAGCUCAAACUCCCCUCCACACCUCCACCAAAGAGCGUCUUCGAUCCUGAAGGGCUUGAAAAAUAUCACGACUUUUCUAGGUUUAUCUCAGAUCAAGAAUUAAUAGAUAGCGAUGAAGCGACCAUGUCCGACAAUGAUAUACCUUCGCCUUCACCAGCCUCGACCCCUACCUCCUUCAUCUCGAGACCGCUACCGGACUCAAAAGAGCUACUGAGGGAGCAAAAUCGGCUACUUCUGCGGUGGAGAUCCGAAGGUAUCAGCUAUCGUACCAUCAAGAAGAAACUUGGAAUCAAUGAAGCCGAGAGUACUCUCCGUGGAAGGCUAAGAACUUUAACGAAGCCCAAAAGCGAAAGGUUGAGGAAGCCACAAUGGACAGAAGAGGAUAUUGAACUACUCCUCGAGAUAGUUGAUCCAUCUAUUUUGGGUGUGAAAUGGAAGCAAGUAUCAGACACUAUAAGGGUAGGGCAAGCCCCCUAUUGGGAGAAUUGA